UGACCUUUAACGCCGUCGCGAACUGUAUAUAUAAACGCGUCAAAGUGCGUUUUCUUUUCCCACUUUCAUACCACAAAUUUUCAAUGCUUCAUUCUUAUCUAUUGCAUUUUGGUACUUCCCAUGUUUGAACUGCGACUAACAUAAAGAGGUUUUGAGGAUCGUGUAAUUGCGUUGGUGCUGAAUCAGGAGUACAGUUGCUGUUGCGGAAUCAUUCAAUAGAAGACUUUCAAAUUCAUUGUCAUUUUUAAUACUCAAAAGAUGGCUUUACAUGAGCAUUCAGAUGUUGUUCAGUGGGGUAUGAAUCUUUUUGAUGUCGAUCCUCGUUAUAGUCCUGGAUACUAUGGCGACAUGAUUCAACAUGAUACUGGUGAUGUCUAUGAUGAAAACUACUUUCACAGCCACUAUGAUUCUGAAAGUACCCAAGUAGAGAACGAUGAGAUCAUUGCACGGACUCUUCAAGAAGAGUUUUCACAGCUAGAGAUUGCCGAGCGUUCGGGUUAUUCGCAGGCAGAUGAAGAACACUUUCAUGCUUCUGAGCCUUCAUAUGAUUGGCAUAACACACCGAUGAUGAACUAUUGUUCAGGAGGUCAUAAUUAUGUCAAUGAAGGAGUUGGUGACAUAGAAACUUCUAGCUCAUGCUGUAGUCCUGGUGAAGUGGGGGGAUGCUCAAGGGAGCUUGUUGACAACUAUCCAUUUGAUGAUGAAAUAGAGAGGAGAUUGAGUGAGAUAACUCCCAUUCCUCACAUUCCAAAAAUUAAUGGAGAAAUUCCUUCUAUUGAUGAAGCAACAUCAGAUCAUGAAAGGCUUCUAGAGAGAUUGCAGUUAUAUGACUUUGUGGAGAAUAAGGUACAAGGUGAUGGUAAUUGUCAGUUUCGUGCAUUAUCUGAUCAAUUGUAUAACACACCUGAUCACCACAAGUUUGUGAGACGAAAAGUUGUAAAUCAGCUGAAGUCUCAUCCAGAUAUUUAUGAAGCAUAUGUUCCCAUGGAAUAUAGUGAAUAUUUGGAAAAGAUGUCUAAGAGUGGGGAAUGGGGUGAUCAUGUCACUCUUCAAGCUGCUGCAGAUUCGUAUGGUGUGAGAAUAUUUGUGAUGACUUCUUUCAAAGACACCUGUUGCAUUGAGAUUCUUCCUAGUUUUGAGAAGCCAAAAGGAGUGAUUUUCAUAAGUUUUUGGGCAGAGGUGCAUUACAACUCCAUCUAUCCCCAAGGAGAUAUAACUUCAAAUGAGUCAAGAAAGAAGAAAAGGUGGUGGAGCUUUGAGAGCUCACAUUAAUAAUAUGACUAUAGUUUAGAGGAGACCAACUUUCAUUCUAUACACGGGUGUCCUGCCUAUCGCCAAUAAGGAUUUUUUAUCUAUAUUUAUCACAUUUCUUUGAUGAUAAUAUUGUAAUGAUAUAAAUUUUGGGAUGCUGACCUAGCAACAGUCCAGUGAUAUUUUGGAUGUUCUCUAAAAGAAAUAAGGUUUUAUAUAUAAAGGGAUAAAAGUAUUAAUCUACAAAGUUAUGUUUUUAUUUA